GCUAAGCCUUCCCCCGAAUCUCCGCAUCCCAUCCCGCGCGUCUCAGCAUCCUUCCGGUCCCUUUCCCCGCGCAUCUCCCGCAUCCCAUCCCGCCCCCUUUCUCCCGCGUAUCUCAGCAUCCUUCCGGCUCCUUCCUCCGCGCAUCUCCGCAUCCCAUCCCGCCCCCUUCCCCCGCGCAUCUCAGCAUCCCUCUGGUCCCUUCCCCCGCGCAUCUCCGCAUCCCAUCCCGCCCCCUUCCCCCGCGCUUCUCAGCAUCUUUCCGGCCCCUUCCUCCGCGCAUCUCCGCAUCCCCUCCCUCCUCCUUCUCCCGCGCAUCUCAGCAUCCUUCUGGUCCCUUCCUCCACGCCUCUCCGCAGCCGCCUCUGCCAGGACCUCCUUCCCUGACCUGUUUCGUCUCCCCCUAGAUUCCGGCCACAAUGUCCAUCGAGAAGAUCCACGCCCGGGAGAUCCUGGAUUCCCGUGGAAAUCCCACUGUGGAAGUGGAUCUUUGCACGGCCAAAGGUCUGUUCCGGGCAGCGGUGCCCAGCGGUGCCUCCACGGGCAUCUACGAGGCUCUGGAAUUGAGAGAUAAUGACAAACAGCGAUACAUGGGGAAAGGGGUCCUGCAGGCUGUGGACCACAUCAACAGCACCAUCGCCCCAGCCCUGCUCAGCUCCGGCCUCUCCGUGGUGGAGCAGGAGAAAUUAGACAACCUCAUGCUGGAACUGGACGGAACCGAGAACAAAUCCAAGUUCGGGGCUAACGCCAUCCUGGGGGUGUCCCUGGCCGUGUGCAAGGCCGGGGCAGCCGAGCGAGAGCUGCCUCUGUAUCGCCACAUCGCCCAGCUGGCUGGCAACGCUGACCUCAUCCUACCCGUGCCCGCCUUCAACGUGAUCAACGGGGGGUCCCACGCGGGGAACAAGCUGGCCAUGCAGGAGUUUAUGAUCCUGCCCGUGGGGGCCGAGAGCUUCCGGGAGGCCAUGCGCAUCGGGGCCGAGGUCUACCACACCCUCAAGGGCGUCAUCAAGGACAAGUACGGCCAGGACGCCAUCAACGUGGGCGACGAGGGCGGCUUCGCCCCCAACAUCCUGGAGAACAGCGAGGCCCUGGACCUGGUGAAGGAGGCCAUCGACCGGGCGGGCUACACCGAGAAGAUCGUCAUCGGCAUGGACGUCGCCGCCUCCGAGUUCUACCGCGACGGCAAGUACGACCUGGACUUCAAGUCCCCCGCCGAUCCCUCCCGCUGCAUUUCAGGGGACCAGCUGGGAGCCCUCUACCAGGGCUUCGUCCGCGACUACCCAGUGGUCUCCAUCGAGGACCCGUUUGACCAGGAUGACUGGGCCGCCUGGGCCAAGCUGACGGCCACCGUGGGGAUCCAGAUCGUCGGCGAUGACCUGACGGUCACCAACCCGCGGCGCAUCGAGCGGGCGGCCGAGGAGAAGGCCUGCAACUGCCUCCUGCUCAAAGUCAACCAGAUCGGCUCGGUCAGCGAAGCCAUCCAGGCGUGUAAGUUGGCACAGGAGAAUGGCUGGGGGGUGAUGGUGAGUCACCGCUCUGGGGAAACUGAGGACACCUUCAUCGCGGACCUGGUGGUGGGCCUGUGCACCGGGCAGAUCAAGACCGGGGCCCCCUGCCGCUCCGAGAGACUGGCCAAGUACAACCAGCUCAUGAGGAUCGAGGAGGAGCUGGGGGAUGAAGCUCGCUUCGCGGGACACAACUUCCGCAACCCCAGCGUGCUGUGAUGCCCCCAUUUGGCACACAGUCAUCCCACCCCCCGGCCUCCCCACUUCACACUGAAACCCCUCCACAUAUUCAAGACCCCCACCCCCCAUACCUGAACCACCCCCCGGUAUCCUCGCCCCGCCGCCUUUGAGCUACUGGAUCCCCGGAGCCCGUCCCAGGAAGUCACCCCCUUAUCCUGGGGGGGCCUGGGAUGAGUGUCACUGCUACCGCCCUUUCCUCCCCCCUCGGAAGAUCCCGCCGUUUCCGUCUUCCUACCCUACUCCCCUGCCCCCUCUGCAAUGAGCUUCAGGAAAGGGCCCUGCUGAGGCUGGUCACAAUCAUUGGAAUCAGGAGGGAAAGGGCCUGGUACUUGGGAAAGAAAGCCCGGUCAGCGCAGGGGGCAGAGGGGACGUUCUGGGUGGGCCAAGGGAGACCAAACGCUCCGGUGAGUCUCCCUCUGUUGUGGGUAGGUGUGGUGUGUGUGUGUCUGUGAGAUCUUUGUAUGGUCCGACCUCGUAGGGACCAACCUGCCAAGGUGUGUGUGUGUGUGUGUGUGUGUGUGUGUGUGUGUGUGUGUGUGUGUGAGAUAUCUGCUUUAGGGCUGUGCCUGUCUUUUGCAUUUAUUUAUUUAUCUAUUUAUUUCAUUAUUUGUUUAUCUAUCGACUUGUUUAUUUGCUGGGCCUAGGCCCCGGGGGGCCGGCUGGGCCUAACUCAGUAUGUGCUGUGUCUGGGGCCCUGGGUGUGUGUGUGUGUGUGUGUGUGUGUGUGUGUGUGUGUGUGUGUGUGUGUGUGUGUGUGUGUGUGUGUGUGUGUGUGUGUGUGUGUGUGUGUGUGUGUGUGUGUCACGUGUCCAGACUUCACAUGGUGCCCCCGGUUGUCCAGGCAACAGGGUGGGAAGAAGAGCAGGAAGUGACCCCACCACCACCACCACCUCCCACCCCCUUGCCCCGUGUCCCUUCCUGUACGUGUGGGUCCUGCCCACUACCGGCCCGACUAGUGGGUGGGGGGCCCGCUGGGCUCUCCCUUACCCUUUCCCUCCCCACCUCUGCCCGACCCUGCUGCCCCAGCCCCACCAGAACCCCCUCUUCUCGGCCCAUUCCUUCUUCCCUCAUCCCCGGCACAGCCAUUAUUAUCAUUAAAGUCUGGUUCACGCCC